GGGAACGGUGGUCUGGGGAGCAUUUCCGGUGUGAAAGGUCGGAGGGCGGUGGCAGCGCUGCGGGUUCGAGAAGGUUCUGCGCUUGUCGGCGAGCGAGGGUGGAGAGCGGCAGUAACAUGUCAGCGGCCGCCAGCACUGGUGUCCCAGCCACAUAGCGGCGGCGCGUCUGCUCAGACAACAUGUUCGGGUGCCUGGUUGCGGGACGGUUGGUGCAGACAGAUGCACAACAAGUUGCAGAGGGGAAAUUUGUAUUUAAUCUUCCUGAUUAUGAGAGUGUCAAUCACGUGGUGGUCUUUAUGCUGGGGACAACACCAUUUCCUGUAGGAGCAGGAGGAUCUGUGUAUUUCUCUUACCCAGACAAGUGCGGAAUGCCAGUGUGGCAGUUACUGGGAUUCAUAACUAAUGAAAAACCCAGUGCAAUCUUCAAAAUAUCACGUUUAAAAACAGAAGAAGGGAGCCAGCAUCCUUUUGGGAUGAUGAAUAUUGCACAGACUCAGUCAGUUGCCCAAAUUGGGAUCUCUGUGGAGCCCAUGGAACUAUUGACACAGCAGACUCCAGAAGCGAGUGCAGCUGUAUCAACAGUUGAUUCAUUUACACAGUUUACACAGAAGAUGCUGGACAAUUUCUAUAAUUUUUCAACCUCAUUUGCACUGACCCAGGAUCGGAUGACUCCAAAUCCUACUGAGAUGUUUAUCCCUGCAAGUAUUGUCAUGAAAUGGUAUGAGAAUUUUCAUAGAAGAUUGUCCCAAAAUCCAAAUUUUUGGAAAUCAUAAACCAUAUGCUGCAGAAGUUAAUUGUAACAACCAACACUGUUCAUCUGUUUAAACUGAUUUUUUUUUUACAAAUCCUUUCCAAGAUGUCACUCAGAAUACAAAUGUUCAUAGUAAUCGAGCUGGUUUGAAAAUUAUUUUGGAAUACCUGUCAUGUUUGUGUUAUAAUGGAUAGUGAGGAACAUGUUUAAUCAUGUUUGAACUGCCAUUUUUAUUUACUUUCAUGAAUUGGUUGGAAAUUGGAAUUCAGCACCUGAGAAUGUUUAGAAGCUGUAUUACAUUGUAAAACUUCAUUAUAUGAGUGGGUUGUCAGUCAUCUAGAAAAAAAAUCAGAGGGAUACAAAUACAACUCUUCAAGAAACUAUGCAAUUUUUUUCUUGUAGUAUCUAAAAUACUCAACUUUCCACUUUUUCUUUCUUAAGUCUCUGAUAUGUAUAACUUAUGAAGACUUGGCUGUGUUUCAAUGAACAUUGCUUUAUUAGUUUAACUUUUAUGCUCUACACUAAUUUUUCAGUUCGUCAGUUAUACAUUAGCUUUACAUGAGAUACUAUUCUUUCUCUGUAUUUAUAAUAUUUAAUUACCAGGGAAAAGAAAAACUGAAAAAUUAGAUUGCAGGAUGUUGCAGUGCUUGAAUGCAGAGGGGAAUAAUUUGUAUGCUUGCGUGCACCAGGGUCAAAAUUCUGCUCAAAUUUCAGCAUUAAGCAAAGCUCAAUAUUCCAAAGCAUUGGCAGAGAGUUCCAUUGUGGUAAACUACAUUGUUUAGAAUUUUGGUUGUAAAUUAAUGGAUAGUAAUUUGUGCCUAUCAGAAGUCCUGUGUUUAAUAUGAUUGAGUAUGGUUUUGUAGAAUAGUGAGGGUAUUAUGUGGAGUGAUAUGCUUUUCCUUACAUUAACGGGUAGAUGGGGUAAUACAAGUAGAAUGUGACCUUUCUGUCUCUGUGCUUGCAUACCCAGGUCCUCUUCAAAGCAAAGUGCUUGAAGAGCAGGUUGAGACGUGUGUAUGGGGAAGGGGCUAGGUGGUGGAGGCAAGGCAGAAAUCUGAUGGGGAAAGCUAACUACAGAAUAAAUAUUAUAAAAUUGGUAAAGAUAUGCAGCAAAGGAAGCUCAUAGUGUAAUGCAGCCCAACUCAAUCAUUACUGGAAAUGAACAAUGUAUAGUCUGUAACAUGGAUGGAUGGUACUUGACUAAUUAGUGCCCUAAACACAGAAAUAUUGUUGCCUUGAAGGGACUGUAAUCAUCCUUACAAGUUGAAAGGCUUCCAAAACAGCUGCGGGUGAGGCAACAAGAAAACUUCUUUUGUAAAUUCUUCAAGAACAAAUCGAUAAUGGAGGAUUGGAGUUGCAUGAAUUGAAAAUUAUUCCAAAUAUUACUUGCAUACAAGAACUGUUUGCUAUCGUAACUGUUUAGUUGAAAUGAAUGGUUAUAGUGCAAAACAGUCAUUUCAACAGAUCAUUUCUUAAACCAGAAGAGAAUGACAAACAUUGUUCUUUCUCAAUAUCUUUAUAAGAUUCAUCAAAAAUAGUAAGUGAUGCUGGAAAAUUAGUUUAUAACUAAGGAUUUUUUUGGAUGUACUAUUAAUUUACUUAUUGAAUUUUGGUCAAAGCAUAGCUUUUAAAAUUAACUUUUUUCCUGCAUAUUUAUUGAGUUCAUCACUUUUACUGAAAUGAGGGCUAUAUGAAAAAAAUAUUUUUAUGAUAACUAUCUAGGUGUCUUUUUCAGCUAAUUAAAGAAUACGAUUGUAAAUAUUUGCCUCCAAUUUGAAAUUAAUUGGCCCAGCAUCAACAGCCAUUUGCUUUAGAGUGUGCCAAAUUUCUACAACCCAUUUGGUCUGAUAGUGUUUCCUAAAUCAAAGGUUCACCUGAAAGGACUAGCUUUAUAUGUUAAAUGAUGAACCCUAAUUUUAGACUGCCCAAGCAGCCAAAAUAAUAAUUUUCUAAAUUGAUUAGUUCCCUUUUAUUAUUUUGGAAGCUCAUUUCAAAAAUUACUCUAUUUUCAAAUUUGGGAGCUACCAUUUAAGGUAUACAUAAUCAUUGAACUUCAUCUCCUAGUUUCCAUGUGUCAUCGUCAUUAAUCUGUGCUUCAUACCAGCAGUUAAUAAUCUCCUCCUGGAGCAAUUGCCUAAUAAAUUAUGAAAAGAGAUGAAAAAAUUGCUCUAAA